AUGCCUUCAUUCGUUUCGAAGACUCUCAUCUCUGCCCUCGCCGGCGCCGCCAGCGUCGCUGCCCACGGCCACGUCAAGAAUUUCGUCAUCAACGGUCUGUCGUAUCAGGCCUACGACCCGACCGUCUUUCCCUACAUGCAAAAUCCUCCCAUUGUCGCCGGCUGGACGUCCGCUAACACUGACAACGGCUUCGUGGGCCCCGAGGACUACUCGAACCCCGAUAUCAUCUGCCACAAAUCGGCCACGAACGCCAAGGGUCACGCGGUCAUCAAGGCCGGUGACUCUGUCUACAUCCAGUGGGACACCUGGCCCGAGUCGCACCACGGCCCGGUCAUCGACUACCUCGCUAGCUGCGGCAGCGCCGGCUGCGAGACGGUCGACAAGGCCCAGCUCGAGUUCUUCAAGAUUGCCGAGGCCGGUCUGAUUGACGGCUCCCAGGCUCCCGGCAAGUGGGCUGCCGAUCAGCUUAUCGCCCAGAACAAUUCGUGGCUGGUCACCAUCCCCGAGAACAUCAAGCCAGGCUUCUACGUCCUCCGCCACGAAAUUAUCGCCCUGCACAGCGCUGGCCAGACAAACGGCGCCCAGAACUACCCCGUCUGCAUCAACCUCGAGGUCACUGGCGGCGGCAGCGACCUCCCCUCAGGAGUCAAGGGUACUGAGCUGUACAAGCCCACCGACCCCGGCAUCUUGAUCAACAUCUACCAGCCGCUCUCGAGCUACACCAUCCCUGGCCCUGCUCUGAUGCCCGGCGCCAAGCCCGUCACCCAGCGCACUUCGGCCAUCAUCGGCAGCACCACCGCUAUCACCGGCACCGCCACCGCUGCUCCCGCCGCCCCAACCUCAACCGCCGCUGCCACCACCACUACCUCUGCUAAUGCCAACCCCAUUCCGACUACCACCCUCCGCACGAGCACCAUCGCUCCUCAGCCCACUGCUGCCCCCACCCAGACCCCGACCUCCCGCGUCGGCCAGCCCCCGCGCCCGACCCGCUGCCCUGGUCUGGACAACCUCAAGCGCGCUCGUCGCCAUGCUCGUGACCUUGCUGCCCACUAA